GGUACCUGGUUGUGGAGGGCGUCGCGAUGGGCGGGGCGGGGCGUCAGUGGUCAUCCUGGAACCACGGAUCCCAGGCAGUUUUGCAGAACUCAGAGAUCUGUGGACGCUAACAUGGACUUCAUUUAAAGAAACCCACGGACCAUUAAUGGACAAAAACAUGAAUCAGAUUGUAUUUUGGCAUUCAAAUCCUAGCACUUUGGGAAAGGUUCUGAAGCCCCCUCUUACAUCAGAACUCUUUUCUAAUGAUCCUCUGAGUGUCAUCUCAGGACCCUGGGCACACUCAUGGCACGAUGGCCAACCCUCAGGAGCACCUGAGCUGCUCCCCUUCCCCACACUUGCCUUUGAGUGAAAACAAAACCUUCAAUGGACUACAAGAUGACAUCGCACCUAUGCGAAGCCACCCUUCACCCAAGCUUCUUAAGGACCAGCAGGAAAAGGGGGUGGUGCAAACAGAGCUAAAUGAGGGCAUGAACAGCCCCAUCACCACAACAGUGUUGACAAGCGUAAGCGAGGAUUCCAGGGACCAGUUUGAGAACAGCGUUCUUCAGCUAAGGGAACAAGAUGAAUCAGAGAUGGCCAUGUCUCACGGGAACAGCAACACUGUGGAUGGAGAGGGCACAAGUGGAACUGAAGACAUCAAGAUUCAGUUCAGCAGGUCGGGCAGCGGCAGUGGUGGGUUUCUUGAAGGACUAUUUGGAUGCUUAAGGCCUGUAUGGAAUAUCAUUGGGAAGGCAUAUUCCACUGAUUACAAAUUGCAGCAGCAAGAUACUUGGGAAGUGCCAUUUGAGGAGAUCUCAGAGCUGCAGUGGCUGGGUAGUGGAGCCCAGGGAGCUGUCUUCUUGGGCAAGUUCCGAGCGGAGGAGGUGGCCAUCAAGAAAGUGAGAGAGCAGAAUGAGACGGAUAUCAAGCAUUUGAGGAAGUUGAAGCAUCCUAACAUCAUCGCUUUCAAGGGUGUUUGUACUCAGGCCCCAUGUUACUGUAUCAUCAUGGAAUACUGUGCCCAUGGACAACUUUAUGAGGUUUUGCGAGCUGGCAGGAAGAUCACACCUCGAUUGCUAGUAGAUUGGUCCACAGGAAUUGCAAGUGGAAUGAAUUAUUUACACCUCCAUAAAAUUAUUCAUCGUGAUCUCAAAUCACCUAAUGUUUUAGUGACUCACACAGAUGCAGUAAAAAUUUCAGAUUUUGGUACAUCUAAGGAACUUAGUGAUAAAAGUACCAAGAUGUCCUUCGCUGGCACAGUAGCAUGGAUGGCGCCAGAGGUGAUACGGAAUGAACCUGUCUCUGAAAAAGUCGAUAUAUGGUCUUUUGGAGUGGUGCUUUGGGAGCUGCUGACAGGAGAGAUCCCAUACAAAGAUGUAGACUCUUCAGCCAUUAUUUGGGGUGUUGGAAGCAAUAGCCUACACCUUCCAGUUCCUUCCACUUGCCCUGAUGGAUUCAAAAUCCUUAUGAAGCAGACAUGGCAGAGUAAACCUCGCAAUCGACCUUCUUUUCGGCAGACACUCAUGCAUUUAGACAUCGCAUCUGCGGAUGUACUUGCCACCCCACAAGAAACUUACUUCAAGUCUCAGGCUGAAUGGAGAGAAGAAGUAAAAAAACACUUUGAGAAGAUCAAAAGUGAAGGAACUUGUAUCCACCGAUUAGAUGAAGAACUGAUUCGAAGGCGCAGAGAAGAGCUCAGGCAUGCUUUGGAUAUUCGUGAGCACUAUGAGAGGAAACUUGAGCGGGCUAAUAAUUUAUACAUGGAAUUGAGUGCCAUCAUGCUGCAGCUAGAAAUGCGGGAGAAGGAGUUAAUCAAGCGUGAGCAAGCAGUGGAGAAGAAGUAUCCUGGGACCUACAAACGACAUCCUGUCCGUCCAAUAAUCCACCCUAAUGCCAUGGAGAAACUCAUGAAGAAGAAAGGUGUGCCUCACAGACCUGGGAUGCAGGCCAAGCGGCCAGAUCUGUUGAGAUCUGAAGGUAUCCCCAGUGUGGAAGUGGCUCCCACUGCAUCCCCUUUGUCCGGAAGUCCCAAAAUGUCCACCUCCAGCAGCAAGAGCCGAUAUCGGAGCAAACCACGCCACCGCCGCGGGAGUAGCCGAGGCAGCCAUAGUGACUUUGCGGCGAUCUUAAAAACCCAGCCAGCCCGGGAAAAUUCACCCCAUCCCACUUACCUGCACCAGGCUCAGUCCGAAUACCCUUCUCCCCAUCACCGUAGUCCUCUGCAGCAGCAACACCAGCAUCCCCCUCCUGCCACGUCUCAGAGUCACCGUCCCAGACUUGAUAUGCACGGACAGGACGUUGCAACCUGCGCCAACAACCUGAGGUAUUUUGGCCCCGCGGCGGCCCUACGGAGCCCACUCAGCAGCCAUGCUCAAAGACAGAUGCCUGGCUCCAGCCCUGACCUCAUCUCCACGGCCGUGGCAGCAGAUUGCUGGAAAAGUUCUGAGCCCGACAAGGGCCAGGCUGGCCCCUGGGGCUGUUGUCAGGCUGACCCCUAUGACUCCUGCCUCCAGCGCAGGCCAGAACAGCAUGGGUCCAUAGACGUCCCCUCUGCCAAGCCCGUGGGGAGGAACCCCAACCUUUUCAAGCCACCAGCACACAAUCCCCUCUCGGAAAAUGCCCAAGGUUCUGAGAAAAUGGAAGAAAAGGAAUUCAGCGGCUGUGGGUCUGCAUCAUCCCUCAACACCUCUCAUCACAUCACCCCCCCAGCGCUACCUCGAAAAACAAGGCCCCUUCAGAAGAGUGGAGAUGACUCCUCUGAAGAGGAAGAAGGGGAAGUAGAUAGUGAAGUUGAAUUUCCACGAAGACAGAGGCCCCAUCGCUGUAUCAGCAGCUGCCAGUCAUAUUCAACCUUUAGCUCUGAGAAUUUCUCUGUGUCUGACGGAGAGGAAGGAAAUACCAGUGACCACUCAAACAGCCCUGAGGAGUUAGUGGAUAAACUCGAAGACCGCCUGGCAGAGAAGCUAGAUGACCUGCUGUCCCAGACGCCGGAGAUCCCCAUUGAGAUAUCCUCGCAUUCAGACGGGCUGUCUGACAAGGAGUGUGCUGUGCGCCGUGUGAAGACGCAGAUGUCUCUGGGCAAGCUGUGUGCGGAGGACCGUGGCUAUGAGAAUCCUAUGCAGUUUGAAGAAUCGGACUGUGACUCUUCGGAUGGGGAGCGUUCUGAUGCCACAGUUAGGACCAAUAAACACUACAGCUCUGCUACUUGGUAAUGAAAGAAUACCUACCCUGAAGAUCUCAUGACUAUACUGGCAUUUCACAUCCAUCCCACACCCAGACUCUUCCCACUCUCUCCCUGCUUUUUUGUCUGGGAAGAGAGCUGCCCCAUCUUUCUUACCCCUAGACGUGAGCUGCAAUAACAGGAACAUGAGACUUCACAAAUCUCUGGAAAAAAAUAUCCAAAUGAAAUUAAGUCUCACUGAACAUUUCAAUCAAGAAUGGCAGGGAUCUAUUUUAUUGAAUAUUCUAGCUACUGUAACACUGAUAUUUAUUUUUGUUUGACAUUUUAACACUUUGUACUGUAAAGAGUGAACUAUAUAUGAUAGAGAGAAAGACAAUAAUUUCUUGCAAAAAAAAGAGAGAGAGAGAGAGAAAGAAAGGAGGAAAGAACAGAAGUGGAAUUCAGGAGCAACAUCCUUGGGAAUCUGUGGAGCCAGGAGGUAUUAACUGCUGCUUGAACAGGGGACCAGUUCCUCUGGCCAUAAGUGACUGAAGAAGAGCCAGAGCAAGACAUACUGAACAUUUUAGAAAACAAAAACAGCAAAAGAAAAGCAAUUCCAGGUAAUCUGUGAACAGACCACAUUAAAUUCACCCAGCUUGUCCAGAUGGGUGAUGGAAAGACCUAGACAAUUUUGGAGACCAGAGACUUGCACCCAAGGCCUUUGAGGGCAUGUGCUUCCUCUAGGAGGAAAAAGAAAACUGCGUGUGUCAAAGCUGAUCUCAUUUUUAAAACGCUGAGCAGCGUUGGUAGUGAGACUUACAGACAGUGUCCAACCUUGUCCUUGACAAAUUUUCUGCUUUUUAUGCUGUCAAUGUCACUACCUUGGCAAAUGCAUUACCUUGACCGAUGUGUUGAUUUUUCAGACUCAAGUGCCAGUUUCCUGUAGCCUAUUUCCUUUCCACCUGUUGGCCGCUUCUUUUAGGGAAAAAGGGGGCAGGGGAGGGAGAGCCUGAGGAGGAGAGAAGGAGAAGACAAAAAGAGAAUGUCCAACAGUGUUGGAAGAGCAAAUGUGGAAUUUGUAAAAGGACAUUCUCAGAAUGUCUCAGUUCAACUACGUGCAGAAGAUGGGAUCACCCCACCCUGGAACCAGGUUGCUUGUCUACUAGAGUUUUAUUGAUUUAAACAGAACAGUCCUUGAAGACAGCUAGGAGGUGUGUCAGUGUGCCCGAUGUCCAAUCCCAAACCAUCCCCCAUGUUUUUAUUUGUUAACUCAUUCUAUCCCAGAAGCUGUAGUGACUGGCUACCACUAUCAGAAUAAAGGCAAAAUAAGCAACUUGCAAAGGGCAACCCCUCCCCUAUCACGAUAGCAUUUUUGUUAAAUGCUACUUGUAACAUGUUAUUUGGAUCAAUGUAGUUUUGAAUAAUUGGAUUUGGAAAUUCAUAGAAAGAACAACUGAUGCUAAGCAGAGAUUGGAAAAAUAUUGUCCAAGGCAUGAGGUCCUUCCUGUCUCUAGGGUCAUGGGCUCUGAGAAACAUCCCAAGGUACCUCAUGGUGCCUUGGCGUUAAGGAAAUUUUUAUCUAGAAUUUUAUAUAAAAACAGAUGUUGGCCUAGUUCCUGUCUCUGUCUCCAAAAUCAGUUAAAGCCAAACAACCUCGAAGCUCAAGACCUGGAGAGGGUGGCUAGACGCUCUGAUAUUGCAUCGGACUAGACUUCAGGAAAGACUUACAUACACAGGUAUUAAACCAUUUCUAGUACAGAUGAAAACAUCACCCUCCGCUGGGUGUCACUGAUUGCAUUGGCCAAAAAGGAAAAGCAGGAGGGAAUAUAGAGCAGUUCCUUUUGCUUGUUUUGAUCCCUCCAUUUGUUUACACUUUAUGUUGAGACAUUGAUUUAAAAUUUAGUGUCUGUAAUUUAUAGCUCUUAGGUAGGCUGAAGGAAAAUAUUUAACUUAUACAGAGAGCAGUAUUGUUUCAUUAAAUUAUUCCAUUUUGUAUAAAUUCUGUAGCUGGACUACAUGAAAGAUCUUAAGUUAUGGUAUUAUUAUCAUUGUUAUUUUAUUUUACAAUUAUCUUUCUCAUUUUCUGUCGAUCAGAAAGUGUGGUUUAUGGUGUAGCACAAUGAUUGUUUUUAUUGCUAACCAUGAAUUAUUAUGGAUUUUUAUGAAGGAAUGAAAAUGGAACUGCCAUUUGGGAGCUCCCUGGUAUUUGUCUUAGCUGUAUUCCCUCAUUUUCUGUGUACAACAACAAUCAUCUGAGGAUGCGUGUACCGCCCUGAGGUCCAGUGGAUACGUUGUGAUUUUGACUUGAUCGCAAAAGCUCCUAGGUGGGCAUCAGAUGACUGAGUGGUGGACAAAGAGUUCAAAAGCUGUACAUUUUCUCGAGUUUCUUAAGAAAUAAAAUCAUGGGACUACAUUAGAAGCACAAACAGAAUUAUUUAAUGCCCUGAGAGGAACAGGCCUACAGGGAAUCUGCAUGGGGCCUGUGGGGUAGAUAGUUUCAAGAACUGGAAGCAUAGUUUGUAAUCUCCUUCCUACUAAAUCCCAUAAAACCAACAUUUUUCUCCUAGUUGGGAGACUAUAAAAAGGAAAUAAAGAGAUGGCAUGACCAAAAAAAUGCCUAACUGUGAUGUCACCCCAUAGCAAGACAAGAGAAAUUCUAGAAUGAGGCUUAGUCUCUUAGUCACAGAGCUGGAAAAGUACCUUGAAAGCCCAUAUUUUUCAUCCUCUGACUUCAGACCACACCAUACUGUGAAUCUCUCUGGUUCAUUACUUCUGAGAACAGAGAGGCUACAACUCUGUGUCCUCUUUAUUUAUUUAUUUUUUUUUUUGAUGUGGACCAUUUAUAAAGUCUUUAUUGAAUUUGUUACAAUAUUGCUUCUGUUCUAUGUCUUGUUUUUUUGGCCACGAAGCAUGUGGGAUCUUAGGUCCCCAACCAGGGAUCAAACCUGCAUCCCCUGCAUUGGAAGGUGAAGUCUUAACCACUGGACCGCCAGGGAAGUCCCUCUGUGUCCUCUUUCUGUCCAACAUACAACACUGACCCUUCAGCGUGUCCAGGUCUUGCCCACCUGUCGUGGCCAAAGAGGAACAUGAAGGUUAACGUGUCUUACCCCUUUCAGUGAUGGUCUUCCUGGAAAACCCACCCCAAUACCUCAUAAUUUUGAUAACUUUUUUGAAUUCCCAUCUUGACUGUCUGUCAUGGUAAUGCCAUAUACCUGUCUGGAUUGACUGUUAUGAGCAAGUUAGCAUAGCAAACAGUAUUGAAUAUUCAAGUCAUUCACUCUAUUGUCAAGAGUUGAAUAGGGCUUCCCUGGUGGAGCAGUGGUUGAGAGUCCGCCUGCCAAUGCAGGGGACACAGGUUCGAGCCCUGGUCCGGGAAGAUCCCAUAUGUCGUGGAGCAGCUAAGCCCAUGUUCCACAACUACUGAGCCUGUGCUCUAGAGCCCGCGAGCCACAACUACUGAGCCCAUGAGCCGCAACUACUGAAGCCCGCAUGCCUAGAGCCUGAGCUCCACAACAAGAGAAGCCACCGCAAUGAGAAGCCCGCACACCACAACAAAGAGUAGCCCCCGCUCGCCGCAACUCGAGAAAGCCCGCACACAGCAACAAAGACCCAACGCAGCCAAAAAUAAAUAAAUAAAUUUAUUUAAAAAAAAAAGUUGAAUAAAGUUCCACGUUGAACAUUUUACUUAUUUUUUAGUAGAAGUGACUAGAGGCUUCAGAGAACAGUGUCUUUAGUCUAGGUUAGAAGAGAAAUGCCUUCUCUAUCCCAGGCUACCCUUCACUGCCUGCCUUGAAAUAACCAGCACAAUUUUGAAUUAGUGUGUGUUUCUUUGAGAACAACUCCACAGUCAUCUGAAGAGUGGAACGAAGAGCUCAGGGAAUUUAAGAGCUAAUUCUUCAGUCUGACAACUGGGUGGCAGUGCUUUAAGGAAUCACAGGACUAUGAUUUCAAGCUUCAUUGUUGAUCAAAAGUUUAACCCCCUUGAAGUGAAUUCCACAUUCAUUUAGCAUCUGGUUUUGACUGACUGCAAGAUAAUGAGUUUUUAUUUGUUUUGCAGAUGGGCAUUUGGUUCUGAUUCCUAUCUAUUUCUAGAUCAUGUCCUCUGAAUAACAAUUCCUCUUAAAAUUGCUUGGCAGAGGGACUGAGAAGCCUGCAUCCUCCUUUGCAGUUAUAAUAGACCUUACCACCACUAAAGUUUGGACCUGUUGGUGAGAUUGUGGGGAGCACCUACCCAGGGAGGUGAAGGUGUUAACUGUGUUGUAUGAUGGUUCGGUAUGACCAGCUUGAAGUUCACAUAUUUUAAAACUUUAGUAUCAACAAAUCCAUCCUUCUAGAAUUAAGGAUAUUUUAGUAGGGUUUAAUAAGUACACUGGACUUCCACUUAAAGGCCUCAUUGUACUAAAUUUUCCUCUUACCCUAAGUAAUAAUAGAUUUGAUGAUUUGGGGUUUUCCUGGUACCAACCCAAUUUUCAAUGCCCUCUCCCACUGUGGAGCAUUGACGUUUUUCCAGUGUGAAUGCAUUCUUAUCGAUCAAAAGAUUUACCCUUUUUUUCCAUGCCCUUUUGUCUCAAUCCGCCCCCCUUCCUUAAAAUGUUUCUACUUGAACUUCCUGUGACUGAAUUCUACAAAUUCCAAGGAAUUCCUGCCCUGCUCUGCAGUAUAGUGCCCUAUGUUGUAUUUUGUUUUUCUACCAAGCCAGAAACCAAAAUACCACCUCAUACCACCAUCUGCCAUCUCCACCCUCAAUACCCAAGACCGUGGUAUUUAUUGAUCACCAUAUUCUUUCCUACUGAGCCUGGACAUGGCCUCAGAACCUCUCACAACACAGCAUUUGGAGCCAUAAUUGGCACUUGAUUGGAAUUGGUGUGCAAGGGGAGAUCUGUUUGCUGUCCCAGCUCUAACCUCAUAAUUAAUUUCCUAAGGUGGUUUGAGAUCUCGAGUUAGCCCUGAUGGGAGAAUGACAGGAUAUACCAGUGUACUCCUUAUAGAUCCCACCCUACAGCUAUCAGGGGGCAGCACCAAUGACAGCAAAAAGGCCAUGUGCCUCCACCCACUGCCCUUUUGGAGUACGAUUCCAAUUGUAUAUUGAAUUCCAAAAUGUCUCUUCAUUUACAUCAUUUCAUUGUUAAAUGAGCAUGUUCCUCCACCACCUUCUAUAAACAGAAAGUUAAUACAAGUCCCAGUUACUUGCUUCUUCCUUAGACUCUAUGAGACUGAUGUACCAAAACGUGACAUUCUUUUCAAGACUCUGACUUGUACUGUCAGUAUGAAUUUAGUGCCUUUCUAGGCAGCAAGAUUUUUCUUCAUUGCUGAUUUCAUAGAAUAAAUGUCCUAAUAUACUCACAUCGCCAAUGUUAGCAGCCUCACAGACUAGCACAUAAGAAUCACAUUAGUCUGCCUGUUUGCAUGUUACAGCCAAUACUGCAAGCACCUAUUCAAACUGGAAGGAACUAGACUGCCAAAUGGAGGACCCCUGUGGAACCUGGAACACUUCUCAGGGACAGGUGGCAGAAGAGGGGAGCUCUGAAAUCACUGUUCUGAGAAAUAGGGUAACCCCAAAAGGGUUAGGUUAAGGCUUUUGUUAACUGUCACGUAACCGGAGCAUGCUGGCAGGAUUUCACACAGGGCCAAGCCCCCAAGCAGACGGUAAGGCCACUGUAAGAAAACGUCCGGCCAAAUCCCAGGCCUACUCGCUAGAGCCACUUCACAGCACUCAGGGGCACGCUGGCUCCUGGCCCCAGGCUGCUGCCCAGUGACCAGACACACAGGGUCCUCCCGUGGUUGCAGACCAGAGGGAACCCCACCAGAAGGCGCAGGCUAAUAGGAAGAUGUCCCUUAUUGACCGCAUCGCCCGGGUAGCUCACUACCUCGAGCGACCACUUCUCAGAGUCUGGAAGUGGGACGACCCACUUUGAUUCUUGAUUGCAAUAAUUUGAGUUCCUUUCAAUUUGGAGCAAAUUAACUUCUUUUGUAGUCAAGUCUCAGAAUGAUCUCCCUCAUCUGUGUCCUCUGAGGUCUCCGGUACUGUUAGUUCCCCUGCUCCCUGUGUGGGUUCUGAUGCCGGCUCCCUCUUUGUAUUGAACAAUUGUACAGCGAUGGGAACAAGAGCGACUAUCAAAGCAAACAAAUGCAUGGAAUUAAACAAAAAGUGUACUUCACUGUUUUCUGUCCUGUCUUUUCCUUAUAGGUACUGUUUGUGUCCUGAGAGCUGCCUUCACAAGUCUCAGUAUUUGUCAGAACUUACGGGAAAGGAAGACUUUACAUGACUGGGUCUCCCGCAGCCAGGAAAAAUAGGUGAUGGGAAAAGCUGGUUUCUGGGGCUCUUUCGUCAGACACAUCCACAGAAGGAAGAGAUGACCAUGAUUUUCUUUGGUUAUCGUCUCUUGGUGAUUAUUCUGUCGUAUCCUAGACAGGCACUCUUCUUCUUCCCUACGACUUUCCUGCUGCCCAUCUUACAGCUACUUCUGUGGUAUUAGUACCCUACUAUAAAGUAUGCAUACGAGGGAAAAGGCAAAAGUGAAAAUCUGGCUUCCAGUGUGUACAACUGGUAAGAAGCUUGAGAGUAGAAAGCUAAGACACCACUUUGGAUUGUCUGAUUUUCAGCCAAUCCUGAUUCCCACUGGCAAUGGGAAUUGAAAGUUAGCAACAUGUAUAAACACACACCACACAGAAUAUUUAUAUCCAUUUAUUUGGGAAAUUGCUUUGCCUGUAAACUCACAACUGAUAAGGCACAUUGUUGCAAAAUCACGGGGGAGAUGGGAGAGAGACCAAUCCAAGGAUCUGGAUAAAGGGCAAAGGGCCAUACUUUCAAUAGUGUAGAGAGCUUCCUUGUGUCUCCCCUUCCCUCCUCCUACUUCACAACACAAAGAGCCACGGAUCUCCAAGUCCAGUUGGCAUCCUCCUCACUCCCACUCUUGUUAUCAAGCUUCUUUUAAAGCAACACAUCCUUAAAAAUGAAGUCCUUGUUGUGUUUUUUGGAUUAUACCAUGUCCAAAAAACACUGCUUGGAAAUUCAUUCUCUGUCAUGAAUUCCCAAGAAUUCAUGUAGAACAACUGGUCUACAUUAAAGCCUUGGCAAGAUUCUUGGCCAAGCCAAAUCAAAAACCCAGCAGAUGGUGCCCAGGGACAACAGUUCUGCUAAGAAAUGAUGAGUUACUCCUGUAGGGUACAGGAUCCCAGAGCUGGUCAUUUUAGGUGCCAAGGCCCUUCUGUCCUUGGAAGCAUGAACAGGUCUGUGCCAAUUCAAUCCUGCAGCCAUAGGAAGCCAUGACAGCUACAGAUCAUUAAAAUACAACACAACAAAUUAAUCCAAAACCAAAUUCUCCCCUUAAUUCACCUGAAUUAAAAGAUAAAAUAGAAUUAUUCCCUCAGUUAUUCUCAGGAAAUGACAAAAUGAAAAAAAGCAUUCAGAGGGUAUACUGGGUGAUAUUGGAGUGUACUGAAUCCAUUGUCCCAGCAAGACAGAGGAGGGAUUUCCACACAGAAAGGACAGACUAGAAAAUGUACUCACAGUCAUUUGGUUCAAGUGAGUCAAGGGUUCUGCCCAUCCAGAUGGGUAAGAACUUCUCCAGAGUAUUCAUAACAUACAGAGUUUGCUCCACUGAUAUUCAAUAGUCUGUUUGCAAUCAGCUGAAUUGUCAGGACAUGCAAACAAGAGGAGAUGUGACAUAUGUGGUAACAUCAGUGCGUCUGAACACAAAGAGCAUCACAGCAAUCACUGUGGUUUUGAGCUGUACAUGGAAAUCCCAUGCAGUUUGUCAGCUUGUUUCCUCUGAUUUAUGGAAGAGGUAGGUCAUCAGCAAAACAGUGCAGAAGGAUCACUCUUCAGGAGACUAACAAGAUGAAGAGUGGUGUCAGUGAUGUGGGUUCACAUGUCAUUAUCUACACUAAUCAUGUCCACGAGGGACGUAAAAGGAUAACACCUGUCACAACAGCUGAUCACUGUGCAGACGAGGCGCCCUGGACAAGGGCAAUCGGCAGCCUCUCCCGAAGCAGCUCAGGGCUUGGCCUGAGUUCCUUGUUAUUCAGUAAAAUACAAACAGGAUUUGCUAGGAGGCCAUCCAUUUUGCAGAGUGUCCUGCUAAAUCAGGGCUGCCUUGAGAACCUGAUAUAAUUCACCUUCUAGAGCACAGAGUGUCCUUCAUGACAAGACAGUGCACACAGAAGAAUAGUGUCUAAAUCAACUGUUGAGAAUAAUUUAAAAACAAGGAGGGGCUUCAGAGGACCACGCCCAUUACACAAAUAAAUAAACAGUAGAGUCCAGGGACGAGGCAACCAAAGGAUCCAGAUCAGGUGUACUUUCUACUAUUUAGAUGAUGAGCGUUGCUCGUUUCAUUCAAAUGUAGGUCCUUCUGACUAAAUUUUUUAAUGAGGGUUCCAGGAACUAAGGCCACCAGGGCAAUGGCCAACAGCUUAAAGGCAGUUUCCCAGGAGAAAAGAGCAUCCAGAGAAGUCAGGGUUGACAGGAUGGAGCCCGUCUGCACACAGAUGAAAUUAUAUGGAAUCAAACCUUGAAGAAGAAAAGGGAAAGAGCCUGUUACUGGGGAGCAGGAAAAUGAAGAACAAUAGUCCUUCAGAAAUGUCACCAGGAAUUCACAACAGUGACUCCAGUUUUGUACUGUUUUUGCCCAAUUCCUGACCUCUAAACAUAUUACGUCUUUCCCUUCUUUUCCACUCUUGCCCCUCCUUUCCUCACUUCCCACAUACAUUUGUCUCAUUCAGCAAAAGGACUUGAGAUGGUUCACAAAAUAUAUAUACUACAGUAAGAUUAGACAUUUUUUUAAAUAGGAAAAAACAAAAUGAAAGGAGAAUAAAACAAAAUGAGAGAAGAAUAAACAAAGUACAGUUAGUACUUAAGCAAAAAUGCAUAAAGUUCACUCAUUUGCUAGAGGUGACCCCAAAUUUGGUUCUGAGCGCCCAACAGCCAAAGUAAAGAGAAGCACCAGCAUUAUGAGGUUUACAGUACGCCUGUGAUAAAAACAGGUUUCUUAGAAGCAGUAGUACUACUCAUGUUCUGUACUGUCUGUAAGAGGUCAUCAAAUCCACUGGAUCCCACAAGUCUGACUGGUGGCUAGAGAGGCUGGUUGUAUAACAAACCCCU